AAUAUUUUAGAUUUUAACAAGUUCGGUUUAAUACGAAGUGGUUUUCAAUCUUAUAAUAUUAAUUUUUCGUGCUACAAUAUUUUGGAUAAUUAAUUUGUGUUGUUCAUUUAAUAAUUAAUUAACAAAAUGGCAAAUCGUGAUACUGCUGAUAAUCAACUCAAUGAUUAUAAAAAAUCUGUUAAGGAUGUUCCAGCUGUAACAACUGGUUUUGGAACACCAAUUGGUACAAGAGAUGCCUCUGAAACUGUUGGACCAAGAGGUCCAAUUUUAUUACAAGAUGUUCAUCUUUUAGAUGAAUUAUCACAUUUUGAUCGUGAAAGAAUUCCAGAACGUGUUGUUCACGCUAAAGGUGCUGGUGCCUUUGGUUAUUUUGAAGUAACUCAUGAUAUUACAAAAUAUACUGCUGCAAAAGUAUUUAGCGAAAUUGGUAAAAGAACUCCAAUUGCUGUUCGAUUCUCAACAGUUGGUGGUGAAAGUGGUUCAGCUGAUACAGUACGUGAUCCACGUGGUUUUGCUGUUAAAUUUUAUACUGAUGAUGGUAUUUGGGAUUUAGUUGGUAACAAUACUCCAAUAUUCUUUAUUCGUGAUCCAAUUCUAUUCCCAAGUUUUAUUCAUACACAAAAAAGAAAUCCACAAACUCAUUUAAAAGAUGCUGAUAUGUUUUGGGAUUUUAUAUCAUUAAGACCAGAAACAACACAUCAAGUAUGCUUUUUGUUCUCUGAUCGUGGUAUCCCAGAUGGUUAUCGUCACAUGAAUGGUUAUGGUUCACAUACAUUUAAACUUGUUAAUUCAAAAGGCCAACCGGUUUAUUGUAAAUUCCAUUAUAAAACUGAUCAAAAAAUUAAAAAUAUGGAUGUUAAUAAAGCUGCUCAUUUAUCUGGCGCUGAUCCAGAUUACAGUAUUCGUGAUUUAUACAAUUCAAUUGCAAAGGGUGAUUUCCCAACAUGGACAUUUUAUAUUCAGGUUAUGACCUAUGAACAGGCUAAAACUCACAAAUAUAAUCCAUUUGAUUUAACAAAGAUUUGGUCACAUAAGGAAUUCCCAUUAAUUCCAGUUGGCAAACUAGUUUUGGACCGUAAUCCAUCAAAUUAUUUCGCUGAAGUUGAACAAAUUGCAUUUAGCCCAGCACAUUUGGUACCUGGUAUUGAAGCAUCACCUGAUAAAAUGUUACAAGGUCGGCUUUUCUCAUACAGCGACACUCAUCGUCAUCGUUUGGGAGCAAAUUACUUACAAUUGCCAGUUAAUUGCCCAUAUCGUGUUUCAACAAAGAAUUAUCAACGUGACGGACCAUCCACAUUUACUGAUAAUCAAGGUGGUGCACCAAAUUACUAUCCAAAUUCAUUCGGUGGGCCAGCUGAAUGUCCACGUGCUAAGAAAUUAAUGGAGAUUCCAGAGCCGCUAACCGGUGAUGUUUUACGUAUAAGCAGUGGCGAUACUGAAGAUAAUUUCUCCCAAGUAACUGAUUUCUGGACUAAAGUUCUUAAUGAAGACGAACGUAAACGUCUUGUUUCAAAUAUUGCUGGUCAUUUGAGCAAUGCAAGUGCAUUCAUACAAGAACGCGCUGUUAAGAAUUUCAGUAAAGUACAUGCUGAUUUUGGAAGGCAAUUAACAGAACAAUUAAAAUUAAAUAAAUCAUCCAAAAUGUAACUUUUGUUAACGUGGUUGUUUUUUUUUUGUUGGAGGGUUUAUGAAAAUCACAAUGCGUUUUUAUCUUUGUAUGUACUUCAUUUUUUUUUUAUAAAAUGUCUAUUAUUUUAUCAAACAUACAUACAUACAUAUGUAUGUAUGUAAUACUUGAUUGUCAUUCAUAUGUAUGCAUGUAUGUAUUUAUACCUUGAUAAUUAAACUAAAAAGUAAAAAUGUUUACUGUGUGGGUACUGAUGUUCAGUUUUAAAACAUCGGAAUAUUCAUUUUUUGAAAUGUAAAUCAUGAUAUUUUUGUAAAAGCAAUAAAUUUUUAUUAAUAAAGUAG